AUAAAACGAAAAUAUUUAUUCGAUACAAGAAAAUCAAUCACUCUUUUUUUAAGGAAAAACAAUACAGAAAUUUGGCAAAUAACAUUUAUGUAAUGUAUAUUCCAUGAUUUCAAAAACAAAAAUGGAUAGAUAGAAUAGAAACAAAUAAUACCUCAAAAUGAUACUUAAGUCAUCGAUACUAAAAUAAUGAUAACAAUUCAACAUAAUAUCUUUUCACAUUUACCAGACAUAUCUUCCUACCCCCCCCCGCGAAAACUAAACUAUUCGCCGGAAAAAAAACCAACUUCAUAAAUCAAAAUACAAACAGUCUGACCUUUGCCGGUAGAAAUAUAUUUUUCUGAAUCAAAUAAUUCAACCAAUCAUAAGUAAGAUAUGUUCAACGCAUACUUUUUAAAUUUUAACCAAUCAAAUAUUAAAUGUUGAUUUUAGUUAUUACUGAAUAUAAUGAAGAGAACACGUGUUAAGCCUUGUGUUGUUAGUAUAUAGGCAAAUUAAUUGUUAAUAUAUAACUUAUAUGAAAUGAAUGGAAUAAUAGUAAACUAGAUAUACAAAAAUUUCAUUAUAUUAUUCAUCGAAAAUGCAUUGAACAAAAGAAAAAAGAACAAUAUUGUGGAUGUAUUUCUUAUUAUAUUUAAUAAUGCUCAGGUUUAUUAAAAAACAAUUCAGGAUAUAUUUUUGUAUUUUACAUUUAUAUAUUGGUACUAUAUGGAUAUUUAUUAAUAUCUGGUUAUUUACUAACAAUCUAGUUUAUUCUAUACCUCAUCAAUUUGGUGAAUCUCUACAAAUUAAUGAAGCAGCGAAUUUGCUUUAUCGAUACGGGUACAUGGAUGACUAUUCCAAAACUCAUAAUAAUAAUAAUGGUAACCCUAUACCACCACAUCAAAAUCCAUAUGAAUCUAAAUUUCUUUAUCCAGAUAAAUUAUCAUUAACUAAUCCACCGAAAGAAUUUAAUAAUGCAAUUAGAAAAUUUCAAAGACAAUAUAAUCUACCUAUUACUGGUAAAUUAGAUGAAGCUACAAAAAAUUUAUUAAUUUCACCACGUUGUGGCAAUCCAGAUCAACAAAUUAAUUUGAAACAAUCAUCAACAUUAUUAUCCAAAUUAAAAUUUGGCAGUACAUUCCAUUUUAAUCAUAAUUAUUCAUUAACUGUACAAAAUGCUAAUAAUAAUCACAAUGAAAGAAGAUUAUUAAAAAGACAAAAACGUUAUUUAAUUGGUGAUGAAAAAAUGAAAUGGACAAAGAAACAAUUAACUUGGCAAAUCCAAAGUUAUCCAUCACAUUCUUUAUCAAGGGUACGUGCACAUGCAGUAUUUCAGCAUACAUUCAAUUUAUGGUCAAGAGUGGUUAAUUUAGAUUUUGUGGAAGAAAAAGAUUAUUAUAAACCAGCUGAUAUUGUGAUACGAUUUGGGGCUGGCAAACAUGGAGAUUCUAUACCAUUUGAUGGAGCAGGUGGAGUACUAGCACAUGCUUACUAUCCAACACCGGAUAAUGUAUAUUCAUUUUCUGGUGAUGCACAUUUUGACGAUGAUGAAAUCUGGAAUGAUGGACCACAUAAAACACAUAGAAAUUUGAUUUCCGUCGCAGCUCAUGAAUUGGGGCACAGUUUAGGAUUAGGUCAUUCAUCUGUACCAACUGCCAUUAUGUAUCCUUACUACACAAGAACAUGGGAAAAAGUUAAGUUGGAUCCAGAUGAUAUCGCUGGAAUACAACAAAUUUAUGGUGCUGCUAAACCGGGUAAAUUUAUACCACCUGAACCAAGUUUGCCUGAUAUACCCCCACCACCACCUGUAACUACAGAAGCUCCAAAACGUGAGAAUGUUUUCGAUUUUUGUAAUAUCAGUGUUGAUGCAAUCAUUAAAAUCCGUAAUUUAGAAUUGUAUGUUUUUAAAGGAGAAUGGCAAUGGCGAGUAACAUGGUCAAAAACUGUAACAACAUGGAUUACCUAUCAAUUUCGUGAUGGUCCAGCAAAAAUAACUUAUUACUGGCCUGCAUUACCUAAAUACGUUGAUUACAUUAAUGCUGGUAUUGAACGCCAUGAUGCAGCUAUUUAUAUUUUUCGAGCUAAAAAAUUCUGGCUACUAUUGGAUAAUAUGAGAAUGAAACCUGGAUUUCCAAGUGAUGGAUUACCUCUAACUAAUCUUGGACUUCCAUCGUACCUGGAACGUGUAGACAGUGUAUUUUUAUGGGGAGAAAAUCAAGCAAUUUAUAUCUUCGCUGGAAAAUAUUACUGGCGCUUGGAUGAGAAUUCUGGUCCAUUUGGCAAAGUAAUUAAUAGUCCGGACUAUCCUCGUCUGAUAGAAGAUACAUGGCAGGGAGUUCCUGUUCCUACACAAGCUGCAUUUACCGGUCUCAAUGAUGAAACUUUGUUUUUUAAAGGUACAAACUACUAUGUAUUCGAUAAUAUAGCAAUGCGUACACGUCCUGGAUAUCCGAAACAAGCCUCACUAGGUAUACUUGGUUGUAUGAAAUGAUUAAGAAAUAACUGAAUUGAAACAGAAGAAGAAGAAGAAACAUUACAUCAUUACAAACCAUUAGCAAUAUUAAAACUAAAGUUCAUUUUGAAUUUCAAUCAAUUGUUUUUACUCAUUAAUUUUAUAUGUCUAUAUGUCAAUUUUGAACAGAAACUGUGUAAUAAACCCUAGUUUAUUCAAAUUAACUUCAAACUUUAUAUUACUUUUUUUUAAAGAAUCUAUGUACACCCUACAUGAGAAAAUGAAAACAAGUUAUCACUUUUACAUAAAUAAUUAUCAAAACUAUGAAAAGAAAAAUCUGAAUCCUUUGUAAUUUAUUGUAUUCAUAAUUAACUUGACAUGCCUCUCUUGUGAAUUGGAUUACCUUUCAAGGUGAGACUAUAAUUUAUGGACGAUCUUUGACUGAUGUUGAGGGUGUCCAACUGAUAACUAGAACCAAAUGAGGGUUAUAAAUUAGUGUGAGGAAUUUGAAUUAUGAUUUAAGGUUUUCAUCACGAACUGACAUUAGAUAUAAUGGUGAAACUCUAUUUAGACAAAUGGAUGAGUGAAUUUCGCGCCAAAAUCUGAGACCUGUUAUAUUAUACCUGAUUGGUUGGUUCAUAAAUUACGCUUUCCUCCCUUUCAAUUUUAUUUAUUAUUCUUCUUAUAACAAAAAAUUUCCUUAAUGAGGUGGAUUUUAAAUAGUUUGACUAGAAAAUUUCACUUAACUUCUCUUUAAUACAUUUACUUAUCUUUACAUAUGAACCUGUGAAAUGUCUUUUUCUGUUCAUUUUUUUUUUUAAUUUUCAAUGUUUUCUUUAAUUCCUUAGUCAUUUUUCUAUUGUUUUGAGGACUUUUAUUCGUGAACAUUCUGGAAAAUUAAAGCAGUUAUAAUACUAAUUACCUUGAAAGUAACCAUAACUGUACUAUUUUUAGUUAUUACUGUUGUUAAUAAUAUCAUAACUAUCAAAUUAUUACAAUUGUGAAGAUAACGAGCAAUUCUAAUUGUUAUGAAUUUAAUCUUGUAAUGGUUUGAAUUAUUCUAUGAUAUUGUUGACUAAAUUUUGAUCAGUAUUCGUUGUCAUAUGUGUAUUCUUUACAGAUUACUUUUACAUAGCCAUUUUUCACAAGUUUACAUAAAACAGAUGGAAUGUGACUAAAAGUGGAAUUCAGAACGUAUGUUUCGUCUAUAUUUUGGACGGGAAUCGACUAUUGGACGAAGGUACACCUGGCUGAGAAUUUUAAAAUAGGACAAAACGCUCGUCCACAUUCCACUUAUUCUAUAUAAACUGUAUUAUUAGCGUGACUGUCAUUAUUUGUAAUAUUUAUAUCGCGAACGAACAAGAAGGCUUUAGGUUCAAGACUUACAUAAAAAGUUAUAUACAGAUGUAUAUGCACAUGAACUCAUACACAUGCACAUCAGACAGUGGUCAUUUAGUACAUCAAGUAUGAGAGAAUGCAGUAAAUUCAUUGUAUAAAACUUGUAAAUGAAUAUUCAACUGUGAUAAGUUUUUUUAAUAUGUGCUUGAAAAUAUAAGUACGCUUCAGA